AUUUACUCAACCAUAGUACUUUCUCAAGUAGGCCUAACAUUUUUCUAAAACCAGCAACAUUGGCAGUGGUGCCCCCCUCCCCCCGUUUUAAACAAGUAAUAAAUUAGUUCCUCCUCAACUCACCUAUAAAACCUUGAAAAACUCGCAGGACUGCCAAACAAAAGAAACCAUGGCUUCUUGGGUUCACUCAAUCACAUCUCCAUUGAAAAAGGCCUGCACUUUUCUCUCCCCUACAAAGCACAAGAAGACCCAAACAGAGCGUGGGAGGCAUGACAAUGAUCUACAUGGUGAGGUGAUGGCAUGCGCAUAUGAGGAUGUGCAGGUCAUGUGGUCCAUGCUCCAUCACCAUAAUACAAAGCCAAGGCUAUGUAUGCAUGGUGAGUCAUGAAUGAUGGUGCCAUGGCAUGGGCGACAUGCAACAUUUGUAAAUACAUCUGCAUCAUGGAGAUGAGACAGAGUCUCUAUUGGAUGGUAGUCUCCGUAUAGGGAGACAAGCUUAGAUGGUAUCCCCAUUAAAAUGGUGAAAUUUGAUGAAAUGAAUUAGACAAAAGAAAAAGAAAAAUCGAAGUUUAUUUAAAUGGGUUCACUCUUUGCUUCUCCCUCCCUCGUUGUUUGCUUUUUUUUUUCUUUUUUUUCUUUUCUUUUUGUACCUCUUUAUUAUUACUAUUUUGGGUUUUGGCUUCCCAUGCUAUAGACUAAAGGGUGGCCUAAAAAUUUUGCAAUUAAAUUUUCUCUUUGAAAAUUAUC